AUGGGUGUCGGAAUGAGUACUAUCAUCCAAUGGACCGUCAUCUUGGCCGUCGUUGGCGCAUACUUCUACAUCACCAAGAAGCAACAAACUCCCGCGCCGGUGGCUCAGAAAACCGCCGUCGCUAGAGGAAACAUUCUGGACGAGGUAUCCGGAAAUGAGAAAAAGAAAAAACCCUCUAAAAACCAGAAGAAGCAGCAGAAACCGGCCGCUGUGAGCACCCGAGAACUUCAAGUCCCAAUUGUGGCUUUGGAAUCUGAGAGCAAUGACGAUAUCCCGGAUUCCCCUGCUUUGACCGAAGAUAAGGGCAGUCUUCAGCGCCUUGCAGGAUUCAAGAGCGGGCAGACAAAAUCCUCUAAACAAGAGUCCAAGCCAGAGAAGAAAAAAACCGACAAGCAGGCUUCCAAGGCUGCUCUAGCCCCUGCAGCUUCGGAGAUCAAACUGACUGCAGUCCCAAUUUCUCCGUCCCUCGGAGCUAUCUCAUCUACUUCCUCGACAACCGGAGCAGAUGGCGAUAUUGACGAACCAGACAGCGUUGACGAGGAGAAUUUGAUCGAUGAUAUGCUGGAGAAGACUUCCGGACCCAGCGUCAUGCGCAUCACACCGGUCCAAGACGAAUUCACCACCGUCACGCGUAAGAAGGGUAACCAAUCUGAGAAGAAGGAGGGGCUUACUCCGCUUCAGAAGAAGAAUCAGAAGAAGAACGAGAUGAAGAAAGAACUGAAGAAGCUGGAAAGAGAAGACCAAUUGAAGCGAUUGGAAUCCCACAAGAGAGACCAAAGACUAGCUAGAGAAUCUGAAGCCGCUAGCAAGCCAAAGAAAAGCCAGUCUAACGCUGCCUCGAGCGCUUGGUCUGGCAGCAAUACACCUUUGGCAGGAUCGAAUGGCCAAACUGCCCUAUCCAGCAGCUUGCUAGACACUUUCGAUAGUAGUAACUCUGCUAACUCGAGAUCUGGCAUCACACCUUCAACCUCGGAUCUCUCUGAUGCUAUCCCUCAGGAGUUCCUCGACGAACACCGAGCCGCCCAGCGCGAACUCCCACCGGGUAUUGAAAACGAGUGGGUUGAGGUUAAACCCCGACAGAAGAAGAAGAAACCAGCACCUACAGAAUCGGAGACCGAUAGUGACGCGAACCAGAAUCUGACUGCCUCUGCUUCCUCUGUUGGACAGCCAACAAAAUCGGCUGCUACGGGUAGUACCCCUCAACCCCCGGCACAAAAGCCCAAGAAGGUAUUCACGGACCAGGACUUGAAGAUCCCGGAUAUGCCUGUGGUCGAGAACACGGAUGGAUGGGAUGCCCAUGCCUGGUAG